CCCCCCCGAGUCUGUUGUGUGAGGAGAGGUCCGUGAAGGCAACACGGUUAAAGGAAGUACACUGCGACUUCACUUGAGGAUUUCCAACCAAAUCAGGGCGUCAUCGACCUGCCAUCGUCUCCUACAUUCAACACACGACACAUUUCAGAAGAUGCUUGAGUCCAGUUACCAGAGACAAUGAACCAAACAAGCCAGACGGACACAAACAGAGGCGGGUCACACAGACAUGUUUCUCUGGCUCCGCCCUCCAGGUGUCUGACGGACAGACAGCUGCUGCUCUCCUCCACAAAACCACAUGCAUCUAUCUUAAAGGAACACAGAUGUGAUGUUUACAGAAGACACCUCACCGAUAUGAGCUUCUGGACACGCCCAAGAGAGGAGAGAGCAGAGAUGAGCAGAGAUGUGUCGCCUCCCUCAGGCGCUCAUAAACACUGCGCCUCCUCUGUGGCUGUGUCAGAGCUCAGGGGCGGUCGAGACCACGAAGAACAUACUUUUAGAUCAUCAAGUGAGCAAAGCCUCUCAGGUUCUAUACCAGAGUUUGAGCCACCAAACCUUCCUCUGAGACAGUCACUCACCUCCACUGUCCUGAAUCCUACUUACACUCCUCAACCAGGGCACUUGAAGUCAGGCCAGAAAGAGGGAAGAGGUUGGGGGCGUUCAGAGGGAGAUCUGACGUCUCCUCACAAGGCAAAUUACUGGGCCUGUGCCAUCCCUAAAGAUUUGCCUCAAUCUCCAGACAGGCACUCUGCAGGCUGGGACCCGAACAAGGAGUACCAGGCACUGCUGGAUUACACCUACCCUCUAAGAACAAAUCCUUUGACCUGUGACAGCGCUGAGCGCCACAAGCACUCCCUCCUGCAGGCAGACAUGCAAGACUCAGGGAUUGACCUGGAAAACGUUUGCAGUUGGACGAGUCUGUCGGGGUUAGACGUCUCUGUGAGCAGCACAGAGCAGACAGAAGAGAGGAGUCGUCUGGAUCGUAGCUUCACUGAGCUGCAGGGGGAGGAGCCACUCCUCCUCACAGACCCUGCGACUUUGUACCUGAACAAUGUGGACAGCAGUAAGAGCGGCAGUGAUCACCACCUUCAACGCCAUGAAUGGCCCUGCUCCACCUCCACCGCUCUCACCCGCUCCUCCGGGAUACUUCAUCAGCCAGUGUGUGCAUGUAUGGAGGAAGACGAGGAGGUCAGGCGUCUUCCAGAGCAGCUGAGCGAGCUGCAGCUGCUGUCCACUCAGGUCUGUGUUCAAACUCACUUUACAUCACUAACCUAUUAUGCAGGAGUAGGGAACUAUGUGAUGAUUGGACACAGGAAGAGACGUCCACACACAAAACUACUUAACAAUCCUAAAGUGACAAUCUCCAGCAAAACUGGGAGUCACCAGUCACUCGUUUCUUGCAUUUUAGAAUGA